AGUUUGUCGAAAACAUUUUGUGGAGACAUACCUCUACCCCAAAAAAUUAUGUCCUAUGGCAGUGCCUUCACGUCUUUUACCAAGAGAUGUUGAAGAUGAUAGAAGAAGAAGACCAUUACUGAUUGCUGAACCAAUUAGUAAUAUGCCACUAUUACAUAUGGAUGUACCUAGCACAUCACAAGGUUACAACAUGGACACAGCUGAAAGACCUGUAGCUGCUGGUGGAAGAAUGAAGUCACAAUCUCGUCGCCGAUACAAGACUAUGACUGAAAACGAAAAAGCUCUUCUUAAGUUGUCCUCAAAGCUCCAAGCAAGAGUAAGGUUGUUGCAGAAACAGAAAAAUGCCACAAAACAUGAAAUUAAAAUUGUGAAGCAAAUGAAGAAACAAGAUGAGUUCAAAACUGUAUUCGCAGGAUUAAGUGAAGGAGCACAAACAUUUUUUGCAAUGCAAUUAUCGCAAACGGGUAAGAAACUGAAAGGAAGACGUUUCACAACGAAAGAAAAAAUAUUCUGCCUAGCUCUUAUAAGCGCAGUCCUAAAGCGUACCGCUUUCUGAGCACUUUCUGCAUAUUGCCCAAACGAACAACCCUGCAGAAUCUUUUGCGAUCCGUACCGUUAACUACUGGAAUCAAUGAAAAAAACAUAGUGGAGUUAAGAAAAAGAGUAAAGAAACUACCAAAACGCCACAGAAUUUGCGCUCUUCUAUUUGACGAAAUGGCCCUGGCACCUGGAGUAACCUAUGACAGAAAUAGGGAUGAAAUCAUAGGCUUUAAUGAUGAUGGGAAAAAAAAAGAAG